AUGGCCGAGGUCGAAACCCCGGCAAUGGAUGAAUCCUUUGCUGCUUCCGAAGUAGCAGACGACCAUGCACACGGCUCAACGGCCAGCGCGACGGUCGGUACAAGACGCCAGGCAAAUGGUACGAUUGGUUCCGUCUACUCUGGAAACAAGAUUCGACAUUUGAAAAAGGAGGAUGGUAUCCCCCUCUGGCGAAAAGAUAUCCAAUACCAAUUCCUCAAACUCGUCUUCGAAGACAAGACCCCCGUCUUCACGCGAUACCCCGACGGAGAGAAGAAGAUGGACUUUGCCGACAUCUACAUCGACGCGAUGGCGAGGAGCAGCAAGACAAGUAAGAUCUUGAAGGACAAACUACAAAAUGAUAAGCCCGCGGCUAUCAGCAUGGCGAUGGUGUGCCUGCUGGUGAAUUUUGGUCGCAUGAACACAACUCUUAACUUUUUCCCCGAAAUGCGUGCUCAAUUACGAACCUACCACUCCAUCCCUUCCCUCCAGGCUCACCAGGACUCCAAUGCCUAUAAGCAACUGCAGGAUGCUCCGCGUUUAAAAUCCAUCCUUAAGGGCGCCUCCGAGGAUGUCGAUCAGCCAAACACUUUGGAAAAGAUCAAGCAGCUGAAUGGGCCCCGAACGAACCCUGUCAACCUUAUCUUUGUCCUGGCACAAUAUGCCCCUAAAGUCUCGGAAACGCAUUUCUUCCCUCCGCGCGAUUUCUUCGAUUUGGUCAUGCGAUCCACACUGAGUAGCGAAAGCCGUGCUAGGGCUUUCCUGUGGUUGAUGUGGUGGUAUCUGGAGAGCGAUUUCAGCCGUGAAGCCGCUUUGAACAAUCCGUUUGGUCCCGGUCUAGAAGGAGACGGUGCUGACGGCUUGCCUCUGAAGGUUCCCGCUUUCGAGAGCUUAACAGAGGAGCAGGCGAAUGAGGAAAACAUUGACACUCCAGAGGAACUGGAGUAUGGGGAAUCUAAAAGGCUCGAACGAAAGCGUAUUUUGGAGGAUGAAGAACCACUUCCCCGAGUACCAAAACGUCAGAAGAAGGAUUUCGGUCUGGAUGAAGACUCUUUUGCGGGAGACUACUCUGGUUUAGGAGGUCGAGGCUCUGCCAUGUCUACACCUCUCCAUCCUUCUGCGAAGCGCAGUCUGGAUGACGAGGAUGAUGAGUUGACCCCCGGAAACUCCUCUCGGCCACGCAACAAGCAGGCAAAGCGGGAAUCAUCUCUCAACCGAGCUGUCGGCCAGCAACGACUAAUUUUGAAGACAAGAAUGGAUCACACCCCUGAUGCUUCGCCUGCUCCUCCGGGUUCUAACCAUCCGGUAUUGAACCGUUUCAUUGCCGAGCCUUCACUUUCACAGGCUCCAGGCCGUCGGCCACGUCCCCUUACACAGCACCAAAUUGCGGUUGAGCAAAACCGUCGUCAACGCAUUGAAUAUCUAUUGGCUAAGCGGAGGGCUACCUCAUACCGCAUGCUUCGUUCUAAGCGCAAUGCCGAAACCCCUUUUGUCCGAUACGGACGCCUGGUGCAGGGGCUACCGGAGGGUUACGACACCGAAGAUGAAGAGACCUCCUGGGGCAAAGGUGGUCUUCUUCCCAAUCCCAAUGAAGAAGACGACUACGGCGAGUGCGCUAGUUUCUUCCUCUCCGUGGUUCGAAAAGCAGCUCGGCGACUUGAUCGUUGGGACUACGAGGAUGCCAACGGUCCGAGGAAAGACCGCCUGAAAGAGCGCGAGGAGCGGCAGAUAGCUAAAGCUGCCAUGGAGGCAGAUGUCCGAGCUGCAAGCAACCGAGCUCGCGCACGCCCUGCGCGUGGUGGUGCUGCUUCCAAGCGAAAGUCUACUGGAACUGGGGCCGCGCCCGGAACAGGCAAAAAGACGGCCACAGGACGCUUGAAGGGUGGUCGCAGCCGCCCCUCUGGCGUGGCUGGUGCUGCCUCCGCUGCGGACACGCCGUCUUGGUACCCCGACAACGGAGAGGUGGAAGGAGAGUUGGAUGAUUUGGACCGUGAACUUCUAGGUGAGGGUUCUGCCGAUGAAGACGGUGCCCCUCGUGCUGGAGACGAUGGCGAUUCUUCUGAUGAAUCUGCAGAUGAUGAUGGGGACGAGGAUGAGAACCUGUCCACCUAUGACGGGCCUAACGGCUACGCACGCCACGAGAGUUCGUCCCCUGUGCCGUCAGGGGCAGCUGAACGACGCGAAGACGGAGACGAGGCGAUGGAGGAAUAA